CGUUCAACACCUUUCUCUGUGGGUGCCCCACAGGCCUACCCAUCGCUGAAGCCCUUGGCAUCCUGGGUGAAUGACUUGGUGCAGCGAAUUGAAUUCCUCCAGAAAUGGAUCAGCCACGGGAUCCCCUCCGUGUUCUGGAUCAGCGGGUUCUUCUUCCCCCAGGCCUUCCUCACUGGAACACUGCAGAACUUCGCCAGGAAGUCCGUCAUCUCCAUCGACACCAUCUCAUUUAGCUUCAAGGUAAUGAAGGAGCCAGCGAGCGAGCUCACUCGCCAUCCCGACGAAGGCUGCUACAUCCACGGCUUGUUCCUCGAAGGUGCCCGCUGGGACCCCGCUGCAUUUCAGCUAGCGGAGUCACACCCUAAGGAGCUUUACACAGAGAUGGCCGUCAUCUGGCUGCUUCCUGUCCCCAACCGCAAGCCUCCAGCCACCGGCAACUACCUGUGCCCAAUCUAUAAGACUCUUACUCGUGCAGGUAGGUGCCCUAAAGACAGAUCUCCAGAAGCAAGGGCGAUCGUAGGAGUAGCUAGGAAGGGCAGCCCAGGUGGGGCUGCAGGAGUUCUUCCUGCCACACACUGGCAGGGUGCAAGGCACUGUUGGCUGAGACCAUCCAGGGAGAAAAAGAUUUUUCCUGCUGUGGUCAUGGAGACGGAGCAGCCAGGCACCCUGGCUAUGCAGCAGUGCCUCUGGCCAGCCUCUGCUCAAGCCCACACCCAAAAAUACACAAGCCUGUUUCCCCCAGCCCUGCUCAGCCUGUCACCUGGCAUGGGGAUGGGACAGGGGAUCUCACAUGGAGUCACUUUAUACGGGACUCCCCAGUCAGUGUGCAGCAGCCAGGGCUGCAGUACGACCCUCUUGCCCUUGCUUCCCCCAUUACAGGCACGCUGUCAACAACCGGCCACUCCACCAACUACGUGAUUGCUGUGGAGAUCCCUACGGACAAGCCACAGAAGCACUGGAUCAAACGGGGCACAGCCUUGAUCUGUGCCCUGGACUUCUAGCCAGAAAACCCACCCAGCCCAGGAAACCAUCCCAGCUGAGGGCCUGAGCCAGGGCUUCUGCCGUCCUGCACAGAGGCAGGCAGCACGCGCAGGCAGCAGGAGCUAAGCACUGACUGCCAGCAGCUGCUCACCCUCUCCUGCCCUCUGAGCUGUGUUAAUAAAUUGAGCUUGACUCCCCAAGCAUCACAUUCACCUAGUGUUGUUCCAAUCCCCACAAUUACCUCAAGUUUCUAGCACCACAGGAGAA